GUUAUGGAACGGCUAAAGACAGCAAGUGCAUCCUCGUGACAAACAAAACAGAAAUGGUUGAGAAAGAGAAACAUAGCUGUUAAAAGGAAGAAAUGAUAAAUGAAGCUGUUGAAAAGCUACAGAAUUGGGAUGAAAGAACAUUUGCAAGAAAGAUACAUGAUCUGCAAAUGAAGGGAAAGGUAUUAUGAGAUUCCAGGAAGAAAGAAAUGCAAUAUAACAUAGUGGAAGGGAAAAAAAAUCCGUGUGGAAAAUGCAAAGCAUAUGCCUGCAGUACAGAUAACGUCAGAAUUAUAAAGAAGUCUCAUCACACUGUCCUAGGAGACGCAUUCAAGGAGCGGUAUAUAACAAAGCCUCACCAUAAACCAAUCCAGUUUGUUUGUUUUGAGAAAAAAAGCAAGAUGCAUUGCCAAAAUACUAACUGCCAGCACGACUGGGGAAUCAUAGUGAAGUACAGGACAUUUGAUAAUCUACAAGUGAUCAAAAGCAAAAGCUUUGUAGUAGAGAACUUUUAAACUGGGACACGAAGGUUUCAGAAAUGGAAAGAUCUUAAUAUUUCUCUAAAGAAUUUUGAUGCUGAAGAAAUGUCCAGCUGA